UCGCAAUCCCUUAAAUUGUAUUGGACACAUCUGCCAGGUCACGCUCAGACAGCGGGAGAUAUAUGCCGCAGAAAGAUUUCUGCACACGGACAGCAGCAAGAGCAAGUGAGAGGAAAUCAACCCGACACAGAAGAAUGGUUUCUCCACAGAUGCUGCAAGCCUGAAGGGAACUCCAUCAACGUGUAAGGAUAACGUCCCACCUGCUCUGCCUGUGAAGCUCGAUGUGGUCAGGGGUCCUGAGCGUCUUCCUGCAAAUGAGGAGUUAAAAGAAAUGCUGCAAGGGAAACUGCGCAUUCUGCAGGUUGACAGCAACGAGGUCAAUGCUCUGUUCAUGGAGUUGUCUGCUCAUGUCAUCUCCAUCAAUAGUGAGGAAAAUGUUAUAUUUGUAAGAUUCCAAACAUUUGAAGAGAUAUGGAAGUUCACCACAUAUUAUACAACAGGUUUCCUCGGUCAGUGUAUGGAGAAUUUAUUGUUAGAGGAGGAGUUCUGGCUCAGCUCUUUGAAGGAGGAAGUUGCUAUUGAGGUUUCCAUUCAGGAGGAAACACUGAAUCUUAUCUACCAAGGCAUCCUAAUGCAAGAUGGUUCUUUGUUCGCUAUUUGUUGUGCCGACCAAAUGUUUGAUAGCUCUACAUCUGGAAGAGACCUGCACCUGGAGCAGGGUGACAUAGCUCACUUUGAGCCUCCCUUCUUGGGCUCAGGCUGGACCGUUCUAUGCCUAUCUGAUGGAGCCCGGGGAACGGCACCCAGACCCAAUCUGGAGCCAGUUAUUCCUUUUCACCAAUGGUUUCUCAAAUCCUGUGCUGAGAGCAUUUUAGUUGGAGAGGGGAAACCUGCCUGUGACUUCCCCCUGCAGUUUGCCAGAGGAACGUGUCUGGCCACAUUGGAGUAUCAUGCUGAAGGCCCAUGUGAGCUGAGCAUGGCACCAGGUGAUCGCAUCAUCAUUGUGGGACUCCUGGUGUCUUGUUUCGACUGGUUCACAGGAAGGAAGGAGGCGACAGGGGAAGUGGGUCUGGUCAAGACAAGCCUAGUGAAACCAUUAACUGACAUUUAUGGCUCAGCAAAUGUAGUUUUGGAGGAAGAAGAAGAGGAAGGGAUGUUCUACAGUCUGCAAGAGGACAAAGGCAUAGAGGAGGCAAUUGCCUUAUUGAAGAAGAAAUCUCAAAAUGACAUUGGUCACUACUAUAAACUGGAUAUUGUCUGUUGCCAAGACUCUGAAAGUAUGCCAUCAUCAUUGCUUUUUCCUUCAACUUUUGCAGUGAACUCUUCGUCUCAAGUUGAUCCUCAGCAGACUGAGUUGAGGAAAAAUAUGCAGAGGAUUCUGGAUCAAGGAAAAGACUCAGCAGAUUUCAUUGUGACCAUGAACAGGACCUUAGAGGAUUCAGUCACACCUACAGAGGCAACAGACCCAAGCCCUCCCUGUUUCACUGUUUACCCAACUGUGGAGGGAAACAACACUGAUAUCUUCAUCCCGCUCUUCUCUUUUUUGGAGGGUCAAGAUUGCAAAGUAGAGUUAAGUGUCCUUUACGGACUGAGUUCAGAACGCCUCGCUUCCACUGCCUUCUCCGGUCACUCUGACGAGGAAGAGCUGAUUUCCUUUCUGGCUGUUGCCAGGGAAGCAGCCAGGAAAAAGCGUCUCUUUUGGUCACAGACUCGUUUGUGCUUCCUGUUAGGCAAGCUCUGUGCUGGGAGGUCAAAGUUCAGCCAGGCUCGGGUUUACUUUGAGGAGGCCCUCAGUGUUCCACAAGAAGGCUUCAGGGACCUUAAACUGCUGGGAAGCAUUUACUCUAACCUGGCUACCAUAUAUAAUUUGCAGAAAAAUACAGAAAGUUUCUUUUCUGUGAUGGAGCGACUUGCUGCUUUGCAAUUAGGAAUCCCUGGCUUCCUGGACAACUUAGAGGACAACACUGUACUUAAAUAUAUCCUCAAGAAAGCUGUUGUCUCUCACAACAAAAUGGCGGAGGCCUGGGCUUGUUAUCUUUUGGCGAAGUACCACUGGGCUGAGAGCACUGGAAGGGCUCAAGUUGUCCCAUAUCUUGAGAGACUUCUUGUUCUCUCUACUGAAGCUCAAAGACCAUGGACAUUUUCAGUCGGUAAUGGAUACUUGACCUUGGCGAGGCUGUACAGUGAACUCAGCCUUCUUCACCUCAGUGUCAGUUCAGCCAGGAGAGCUUCUCUUGAGCAAUCUGCCAAACUGAGUGACUGUCUUAACAGCAUGGUCCUGGUCCUGGAUAAUUACAACAAACUGUACGGGAUCACAGAACAGGAAGCCUCCAUCCCACCUGAAGUGGCUCCUUUUUUACACCAAGCCCUCUCUUUAAUUAAAGCCCAAGGAGGAGGCAGAAACCAAUACCAAGUUUUAAGCCACCAACUUACUGUUAGUCUCUGCCAACUUUUUUACAAGCACAAAAUGGUGGAGUGCGCGAUCCACCAAAUGCACAUUCUUAUAAACAACACUCCACCUUUACAUAAUGUCCCUAGCUCUGUGUCGGAGAGAACCAGUGCCUUUAUCUGGCUGGCAUGGCUUCACAUUGACAACAGCCAGCCCAAUUUUGCAUUGGAUAUACUAGACUCCGUCCUCUCUUCCACACCAGAACACUGCACAACCCCUCUGGAAGGUGUACUCCAUAACAUGCGGGGUGUGGCGCUUCGAUGUAUGGGUGACCUCCAGAGGGCAGCAGAGAGCUACCAGGCUGCAGCUGACAUCUGCCAAGAGUAUGAGGACCUUUCAAACUGGGCUGUCACUAAGGCCAACCUUGGGCUGUUGUGUCUGAAGGCCGGAGCUAAAAGACUUGCACGGGGGCACUUGAUUGAGGCUGUGCAGCUCUUCUCGGGGCUGGAUGAAGAAGGUCAUGAGGCAAACUUCAUCACAGUGCUUCUUGAGCUGGGGGAUCUCUAUUUGGAGCAACAACAGAUACACUAUGGGAAAGGAUGCUUUGAGUGGGCUCUGCUGGUGGCUAUCAAUGCUAACCUGUUAGAUUAUCAACUCACUGCAACUAGAAAAUUGUGUCAUCUUUAUGGCUGUGAGAGUCCAGACCAGGCACAGUUCAUCAUCUACAGUGAGCACCAGGUCCAGCUGCUGAGACACACAGGAGACAGACAGCAGGAGGGAGAGGCCCUGGAGGCCAUCAGCCAGCUCUUCCUCUCUCUGGGCACAGAAAGGGCGUACCAGUCAGCUCUUGACUAUACCAAGAUAAGUCUGGGAAUUUUCAUCGACCUGGGCUGCAGGGAGAAAGAGGCACAUGGCUGGUUGCAGGCCGGGAAGAUAUACCACCUGCUGGGACAGACUGAACUGGUGGACCUUUAUGUUCAGGUAGCUCAGGAUGUCGCCCUAAGAACAGGAGACACCACUUUCAUCCUCCAGCUUCUGGAAGCUGCAGGAGACAUUUUCUUCAACAGCCGCCACAGUAUGAAAAAGGCUACCAUCUUCUACAGGGACCAUGCUAUGCCCAUCGCAGUGAAGAGCAGCAGUGUUCGUACCAGGUUGAGAUUGUGUAAUAAACUGACUGAAGUGAUGCUCAGUCUAAAGCUGUAUGGGGAAGCUGUUGAAUUUGCUCAGACUGCACUGGACAUCAGUAUCACUCUGGGUGAGCGUCUGAAUGAGCGCGUGGGCUACCACCGCCUGGCCUCUCUGUUCCACUGUCUGGAGCAGUAUGAGCUGGCUGAACACUAUUACCUGAAGACUCUGACCCAUUGUCCGACACCUUUGCAGUUCGAUGAGGAAACACUGUACUAUGUCAGGGUCUACCAGACACUAGGGGACAUUAUGUUCUAUGACGUAAAGGACCCAUUUGAUGCUGCAGGCUACUACCACUUGGCUCUGGCUGCAGCCAUGGACCUGGGCAACAAGCGGGCUCAGCUGAAGCUGUGCACACACCUCGCCACCAUCUACCACAACUUCCUUAUUGACCGGGAGCUGUCUCUCUUCUUUUACCAGAGGGCAAGAGGAUUCGCUGCAGAGCUGAAUGUGAGAAGGAUUGACAUUUCAUCAGAUAAGCAUUUUAGCAGUAUCUCCCAGUAAAAGACCACAUGUGAAGAUCAGAAGAAAAACUAACAUUUUGCUAGAUGUCACACAAGAAGUUAAAGCUCAGGUGAUGGUGAUAUUUGUUCUGAAAAUUGUAUUCAGUGUAAACUUUAAGACCCUCCAUGGAGAUGAUGAAGAUGAUGAUCGCUAAGUUGUCCAUUUGAAUUGCUGACUGCAUUGUACUGUAUGCAAAUACAAUUCAGACAACGGGUUUGGAAAAUUGUGUCUGUAUUUAUUAAAUUGGCUAAGAUCAUAGUAUAUGUUUUCAAAGUGCUAAAGAGAAUAGCAUUUUGUUUUGUUCCAAUUGUCAGAGGUUUCAGUUUGAGCACAAUUGAAAAAAUCUGAGUGUACUACUGUAUGUUGUUUGGUAACUGUCUUAAAACCACAUCAUCUUCCCUGAUUCCUUACACACUUUUACACUCAUGUUAUUUUGAUUUAACUGUGAAAAAAUGAGCUCUUGCAAUUUUCUCUCACCAUAGAUCUGUACAUCAUGCAAACUGGUUCUAUACAGCUUCAAAUCUUCUGCAUUAUUCAGGUGAAGGGGGAGCAGAGGCAGGAAGCGACGUAUUCCUUCUGCUACAGUUCAGUUCAAUUCAAUGAGAUUUUAUUUGUACAGCAAAUCACAAUAUACAAUAUGGGACUAUGGGAGGGAAAACACUCAAAGUUAGUUACAUGUAGUAAAAUGAAUGAAUUUGGUGUCAGAGAGACAGAAAGAAAGGCAGAAGUGCUCACUGGAUGAUGGGAGUUCCCUCAGCAGUCUAGGCCUACUGCCUAUUGUUUUUUUACCCACUGAUAUUGUAUCUUCUAACAAUAUUAAAACAGAUUUUACAUAA